AAGUGGUCAGAGUGUUGGAAUAGAAAUCUUUUCAAGAAAGCAAUUAAUCGUUUCGCUUGGUAGAUUUUUCCGGAAAUUUCACGGUUUUGCUGUUAAAGCAAACGGUUUCUACACCACUGUUAUGGGAGAGACAGCCAGACUGGACGUUUUGUGGAUGAUUUUUGAGCCAAUAACAGACUGAAGAAUUUCCAUGAAACCAGCACUAUGAGAAUUGCUGACAACUUCCCGCCAUCAAAAAGUUCUGUUGCGACAGUUGACGCCGAAAACUCGACGUUCCAUUUACAAUGGGCUUUCAUUGUCGCAGCUGUUUGCGGUGGGUUGCUGUUUAGCAUGCUCGUGGUUCUUCUUGUGUGGCGAUCGCGUGUCCGGUGUAAAAGUUGCCCUAAUGAAAACAACAACCUGCCCGAGAGAACAAUAUCACGCGUGUCUUUUAAAAUCCCACAGCCUAAAAUCGAACCGAUCCUCAUUCCCACGCAGUCACGAUAUCCACAGAAAGAAAAUGACGAGUUUGAACCAUUCCUAGAUCCUGAGAUUUACAGAGAAGAAGUGACAGGGGAAGGAUCGCCAUUCCAGGGCUCAGCUAGACUCUGUUUCUCUUUAUCUUACGACAAAUUCAGCGAGGAGCUCAAAGUCUGUCUCAUUCGAGCCACUCGUUUAACACCAAUCGGAGAAAACGUCACGGUUACACCAUACGUAAAGAUAUUUCUUCUUCCAGACAAAAAGCGAAAAGCUCAGUCAAGAGUGCUGCGCAGAACAUCCAAUCCACAGUUCCAUGAAGACUUUGUUUUUAUGGUUUCACCGGUAGAUCUACCAAACAGAACUCUUGAAUUUACAGUCUGUGAAUUCGAUCGAUUUUCCCGUCAGCAGGUUAUCGGUCACGUGAGAUAUCCUUUAAGAGAUGUGAAUGAUUUGAACUCAGUACAAGGGACAGGAGAGAUCUGGGUUGAUAUCAACAAUGAGGAUCUAAAGAGUGGAGUAGAUAAAGGAGAACUACUGUUUUCUCUGCAGUAUCUACCUACCUCAUGUAGACUUACAGUAGCUGUCCUCAAAGCUAAAGAAUUAAAAUUGAACGGAGAAGACACAGAUUUGGAUCCAUAUGUCAAAGUGUCCAUGAUAAUGGGAGGAAAACCUUUGAAAAAACGGAAAACAAUUGUUAAGAAGAGGACAGUAUUUCCGGUUUACAACGAAGCUUUUGUAUUCUCCAUUCUCCCGUCUUGCCUCGAUCGCGUGAGCUUCAUGUUAUCAGUUUACACUGUACCGAGGCUUGGAGGAUCCAAGAAGCUGAUUGGCCGAGCAGUUGUAGGACCAUACAUGUACUCAACUGGUCAAGGGCUGUCUCACUGGAAUGAUAUGAUCGCUUCACCUCGAAACCCCAUAGCACAAUGGCAUACACUCAUAUGAGAUGUUUAUAAAUGAGUAAUUAUCAUUCUCAGAGUGCAAGCGUGCGCGGAUCUAGAUUGAACCCAGUGUUCUGCAGUAAUCAGGUUUUAGACAGUAAAUAUAUGACAGAAGUAAGGUUUUGAUAUUUAUUGCACAGUAAACUGGAAAUAGUGCCUUUUGCUUUCCAAUUUCAUUAAAUGUUUGUAGGUCCUAUGGAUGAAACUGUUGAGCUUACAGACGAAAGAGCUUGAAAUGAAUUUGGAUAAAAAAAAAAUCCAAAUUUUUGCUAGAAGGUGGUCUUUUCUUCUUGUUGUACAGGGUUGUUGUAGUUCAAAGUUCGGAAAACGGUAUUAUGGUCUAUUGUUAAGUCAUUCUUCGGAAUUUUUAGUUAGAAAACAGCAAGGAGAAAUAAAACAUGCAGACACUUAAAAAGAUUUAAAUAUUAAAGACAAAAAACAGGUUUACACUAAAUAUUUUUAAAUAGCAACAUCUUGAUAGUCUUACUGGGCAGUUUAAUUCUAGAGAUCUCCUUUGUAAAUCUUUGAAAUAUGUUAUACAUACCUAGGGUAGCAUGUUUCACAGUGUUUCAGCAAUUGGUUUGGUUGUAUUUUCUGGAAAAUUUUAGACACUACAAUUUCAGAUGGCACCUGAAAUUGACAGUCAAAUUGCUGAAAAAAUCAUCAAGAGAAACAAUUUUAUGACCAUCAAUUGGUUCUCAAUUUAGUAUGUUGGUUCUUCAGUAUAUUACGUUUUAUUCCUGAUGUAAAUAAAAUAAGCAAUAUAUUCUAUAUUAAUACAUUUAUAUUAUUUUACUUGUACUAGAGGGAAUGAAAUUACCAUAAAAAGGAAAAUCUCUUUGGUUUUAUUUAAAGUCACAAAAAGAUCAAACAACAAAAACAAUUGAAAGAAAGUUUGAAAGGGUGGUUACAGUAAUUUAAAGAACUGGUAAAAGAGGAGAGAUUGGAAAAUAUUAGGAGAGUUCAAUAUCACCCUUUGUCAACAACCUAGGAACAAGAAUGUAGGAAUGUACAGAGUUACAGAAAAAGUACUUCAAAAAUUCUAGGAAAAAAAUUAAGAAAUGAUGCUUGUUUUCCCCUUUCUAAACUUGCACAUGGUUUAUGCACCUAGCUGACCAUAACCUUUCUAGAGCAAUUUAACCUCUUGACCCCUAACAGUGACUUACAUCUAAUUUCUCCUUACAAUAUCACCACUGAAUCAAACAUGAGGGUCACAAGAAUAAAGGAACAGAUCAGCAACCAAAGAAGCUCUUAACUGUUAGACAAAUUCUCUUUGUCAGCACCAUGGGAAAUGUAUAGAGAACAGUAUGGAGAAUAUGCAUACAGAUUUUAGGGUGUAAAAAGGUAAAACAAAGUUCCUUCCAAAUGUCUUGUCUUACUAAAUGUCUCAACCACUAACACAGUAUUUAGUUAAUAACCCCCUUCAUUCAGCUGAUAUGAUGGCUGAUAACAUCCGUGGCUGAGAUAGUCUAAAAAAGAUAAAUAUUUGGCCAAGAAGAAAAGAACCACCAUUGCCUAUAAUUCUCACUGUGGAUAACUCAUGCCAAC